CCGCUCCGCGCUCCCCCCCGUGACGUCCGCCGCGACGUCAGCAGCGGGUGGCCGCGGCGGCCCACGUGGGCGCUGACGUCGCGGGCGGACGGCGGGCGGGCCAGCGGCAGGCACAGUGGAGCUUAUGAAGGCCAAGCAAAGAGCUGAAUGGUAUUUCGUGUAAGCAGAGGCAAGAGGCGUCCAGACGUGGGGAACUACAGAGGCAGUUGCAGGUAGGAAGAUGAGUCCAAAAAUUACAACAGAGCUGCUGAAGCAACUGCGUCAGGUGAUGAAGAAUCCUAAGUAUGUCCAGGAGCCUGUCCAAGCCUACAUAGUGCCCUCCGGAGAUGCUCAUCAGAGUGAGUAUAUUGCACCGUGUGAUUGCAGACGAGCAUUCAUCUCUGGAUUUGAUGGCUCUGCAGGUACUGCCAUAGUAACUGAACAGCAUGCAGCCAUGUGGACAGAUGGACGCUACUUCCUGCAAGCUGCACAUCAAAUGGAUAACAACUGGACACUCAUGAAAAUGGGUCUGAAAGAUACGCCGACUCAGGAGGAUUGGCUAGUGAGUGUCCUUCCAGAAGGCUCGAAGGUGGGAGUGGACCCUUUCAUUAUUCCAGCUGACCAGUGGAAGAGGAUGUCCAAAGCCUUAAGAAGUGCUGGCCAUGACCUUGUGCCUGUUAAAGAAAACCUGAUCGAUACAAUCUGGACAGACUGUCCUCAGCGCCCCUGCAAGCCUCUCAUCACGCUCGACCUGAGUUAUACAGGGGUCAGCUGGAGAGACAAAAUUGUAGCCCUCCGUUCAAAAAUGGCUGAGAGGAAGGUCCUGUGGUUUGUGGUAACAGCCUUGGAUGAAGUAGCGUGGCUUUUCAACCUCCGAGGCUCUGAUGUUGAGUACAAUCCUGUGUUUUUUGCAUACGCCGUCAUAGGAAUGAACACAAUCAGGCUCUUCAUCGAUGGUGACCGAAUGAUGGACCCAGCUGUGAGGGAGCACUUACAGCUCGAUUCCACCCUGGAACCUGAAUUUAAAAUCCAAGUAAUGCCCUAUGGAUCUAUCCUGUCAGAGCUGCAGGCUGUUGGUGCAGGACUCUCACCCAAGGAGAAAGUGUGGCUCAGUGACAAAGCCAGCUAUGCUCUGACUGAGGCCAUUCCCAAGGCUUACCGAUACCUCACCCCGUAUACCCCCAUCUGCAUUGCAAAAGCUGUGAAGAACUCAUCGGAAACAGAAGGCAUGAGAAGAGCACAUAUUAAAGAUGCUGUUGCCCUGUGUGAGCUCUUUAACUGGCUGGAGAAAGAGGUUCCAAAGGGAACAGUAACAGAAAUAAUUGCCGCAGACAAAGCAGAGGAGUUUCGCAGCCAACAGAAAGACUUUGUUGAAUUGAGUUUUGCUACCAUAUCAAGCACAGGCCCAAAUGGAGCCAUCAUUCACUACAAGCCAGUUCCUGAGACCAACAGAACGCUGUCUGUGAAUGAGAUCUACCUCCUGGACUCAGGAGCGCAGUACAAAGAUGGUACCACAGAUGUGACCAGGACAAUGCAUUUUGGCACACCGUCAGCCUAUGAAAAGGAAUGCUUCACCUAUGUUUUGAAGGGACAUAUAGCUGUGAGUGCAGCCAUCUUCCCAAAUGGAACCAAAGGUCACCUUCUAGAUUCCUUUGCCCGCUCUGCCUUGUGGGAUUGUGGUUUGGAUUACCUGCAUGGGACGGGACAUGGAGUUGGCUCUUUCCUAAACGUACAUGAGGGUCCUUGCGGCAUUAGCUACAAAACCUUUGCAGACGAGCCCUUGGAGGCUGGCAUGAUCGUCUCUGAUGAGCCUGGGUAUUAUGAAGAUGGGUCCUUUGGGAUCCGAAUAGAAAAUGUCGUCCUGGUGAUUCCUGCCGAAACCAAGUACAAUUUCAAAAACAGAGGGAGCCUGACCUUUGAACCGUUAACCCUGGUUCCAAUUCAGACGAAAAUGAUUGAUGUUAAUUUGCUGACACAAAAAGAGUGUAACUGGGUGAACGACUACCAUCAGAAGUGCAGGGAAGUAAUUGGAGCGGAACUGGAGAGGCAAGGCCGGCACGAAGCUCUUCAGUGGCUCAUCCGGGAGACAGAGCCUCUCGUCAGAGUUUAGUAGCACCGCAGUGUCUUCGGUGUGUGGAACAUCAGGAUCGCUUGGUGUCACAAUAAUCUAUGUCUUCUUGGCCCUUGGCACCACUGGGAGAAUGUUCUUCAGUAAACCUUUGGCAAUCAGGAGGGGAAUUUCAUGUAGUGUUUCUCUUCCCCCAGCAUGCGUGGGUAAUGUUGGGGUAAGGAGGGUGACUAAACAGUUUUUCUGGGGGAGGGAAGGGGUUGAGAAUAGAAAGCAAACAAAAUAAAUAAGCAUGUUGCCUUUGAAACAGGGGUCUUAUUGAAAUAAUUGUUCUAAGAGACAAUACUGGAAUAUUUUAUACUGUCUGGUUUUUCACUGUGAAAACUCAGUAUUUUUGCAUACUUGGGUUACAGUUAAGAUGUUAUCCACACAGCAGGACUGAUUACUGAAUAAAAAUUUCCAACCCGCUGUUUGCUUGGUCUGCCUCCUCUUGCAGGCACUGACGUGUUGGGUUUGACAACUUGAAGAAUAGCAAGAACUAGAUAAUUCCACCUCUAUGUGAGCAUCCAGUUCAGACAGUUGAAGAAAUGUGCAUAGGGCUGCCCUGUGCUAGGCGCUGGGCAGAUGUUGUGGAGAGGCCUGACAGGAGCCUGUGACAAAGCCCCGUGCUUUGUGACAGAUCGUGGGAGGGAUGUGGUGACACGCAGCAGAGGUUUCUGUGCGCAGAGCACCCAGGCCAGUGCUUCUGACUGUUGUCAUGACUUGCUGAGUACUUGUAUAACCCGUGGCAGUGCAGGAUGCGUGGGCAGUAUCAUGGAAUUACAGCUCUUCCUGGACACAAGGCAAUUAUUAAGUUUAAAAAAAAAAUGCAUACAAUGGACAAAAGAAGGCCUUCGUGCAGCUUUUGUUCAAAAUCAGCCUGGCCUUGGCCACCAGGAGCCUUGCUCUGGAGUGCCAGGCAGCGCACCAAGACAUCUAGUGGUUAAGUGAGCUGCUGCGGGUUAAGUAAGGAGAACUUCCCAGCCCUGAGCGGGAGUUCUCCGCUCUGCGGUCUUCUGAGAACCACUGUGUG